CUUUCAUGGACAGGAGCUGACCCUGCGGCGGCGCGGCGCUCGGCUUUCCCUCGGAUCUCCGCUGCCCGGGCAAAUGCAUACAAAUGCAUUUGGGAGCCGAGAGGACAAGGCGAGGACGCAUCUCUCCCGCGGCACAAACGAAAGCUCUCCUUUUUAUUGCAACAUGUAUAGCUGUGGGUGUUGCACAAGUACCCAAACAAGCAAUAGAUGUUCUUCAACAGCUAGGCCUUGUGAAAGAUGUCCAAGAGCCGUCAGAGACAGCAGUGCCCUCAACAUCCUCCCUGUUACCUCAGGGUGUUCGUCUAACUGCAUCAGGAGUGGUGCUAAGUGAUGAUGCCCAUGUUGAGUCCCCCAUCACUCAAGUCAUACCACCAAAUCUAGGGCAUCAGUUCACCUUAUUGGUCGGGUUGUACUCUUACAGAGUCAGCAAUGCUUUUCUUUUCAGUGUCAGGAACAAAAGCAGACUGCAGUUUGGUGUCCAGCUGCUCCCAAGAAAGGUAGCAGUGUACACUGGAGGGAAGCAGCCCGUGUACUUUGGUUAUUGUGUUCAUAAUGAACAAUGGCAUUCAUUUGCCAUUGGCAUUAGGGACAAGACUGUCUCAAUGUUUGCUGAGUGUGGAAACAAGUACUUCAGUAGGGAAGUGCUUUCUGAAGUGGAGACAUUUGAUUCAGAGGGUGUUUUUACCCUGGGAAGGAUGAACUCUCAUUCUGUUGGCUUUGAAGGAGUUAUAUGUCAGCUUGAUAUUAUUCCCUCUGCAGAAGCCUCUGCAUACUAUUGUAAAUAUGUGAAACAACAGUGUCGCCAGGCUGAAACCUAUCGAUCUCUGCAUGAUCAUUGA